UUUCUUUUCUGAAGCAAGGCAUAUAUCACAUAAACUCACCAAAACCUUAUGAAUUAUGCUUCCUUCCAUCAAUCCAAUCCCUUAAAUGGACAUGUUUGCAGGAAGGCUAUUACUGUCAUGGCGCUUUCAGGCCAUGCUAUACAGCUAACGUUACGCCCCAAAGCUCGGGGAAGCCAUUGCCCUCCGCUAUCCCCACCACUGAAACCAUGCCGGGCCGAGAUGAAGCUUCCUGCACAAGCAUUCAAGAGACGAGGGAUGAUCAAGAACGUACCUUUGCGCCCCCCGGUAGUAACAUCAGCCAUUAGCAAUUCUGGCACUGGAAAUGUCGGUCCGGAUUCUUCAUUGCAGACAAUCAGGGCUUUCUACUCCAGCAUCAACACAAAGGACUUGAAGAGCCUCAAAGCACUCUUGUCUGAAGAUUGUUUCUUUGAUGACUUCUCCUUCCCCGCGCCAUUCCAAGGGAAAAAGGAAUCUUUACGUUUUCUCGAGCAGUUAACCACAUGUAUGGGUCACAACAUGGAAUUCAGUAUAGAUCAUAUUUGUGAAGGGGUGGACCAAACAGCUGUUGUAAACUGGCAUUUAGAAUGGAAGAAGAAGCAGGUUCCUUUCACUAGAGGUUGCAGCUACUAUGAAUUAUCAAGAGAAGGAGAACGGCUCGUCAUUAAGAAAGCUCAAGUUAUCAUCGAAUCACCAGUGAAACCAGGAGGCUUAGCUCUGACUAUGUUCAAGGCCAUAACUUCGCUUUUUGAUGCAUUCCCGGAGGCUACUGAGAAAUUCCUAAGGAGCCCUUAUGUUAUGUUUCAGCUGUUACUAAAUAUAUACAAGACGGUUUUAGGGCCUAUGCUAAGCCCGGUUGUCUCGUGGUACAUCAAACUCAUGAAACUUACUGCUACCUUUCUGAACCUCGCAUUCAAGGUAGUGCAAUUCAUUGUAAAGAUUUUCAGCAAGUAAAAGACGACACAGACAGAGCUGCAAUAUCUUAUUUAUUUAUCAUAUCUCACAUCAAAAUACAAACCUUUUGAGGCUUCCAACUCGACUUUAAGAUAGCAUUCCAUACCUAACAACAUAUAAGGACACAACAACUAUUUAGUACACUUGUUUAGUCAUCGUUGCCAUCCCGUUUGGACCAUGAUUGCAACAACGAAAGAGCAACCAGAGGUCCAAUGAAAGGCGGAAGUGGUGGCGGUCUGCUGAAAGCAACAACAGGGUCAUGAUUUUCCUUCUCAAUCUGUCCUUCCCUGGCAUCAUCGUUUACUUGUCUUCUAGGCGUCAUAGUUCCAACUGUACCAAAUCACAUUACUUUCAAAUCAAUUCUUGAAUGUAUUUGAAGUAAAUAAUUAACAAGGCUUGAUAGAAACAAGUGGUAAAGUUAUGCACUUAUUAUACCCCA